AUGGGCUACUCCGAGAUUGCUUGCCAGAUUUGCGGCAUGAGCUUCAACAUCGGUCGCAUUCGAACGUUGACGGAGCCAAGAUCUUCGGGAUGGGACUAUUCGGGAUAUUCCACUGGUGGAUUCAUCCAUCGACAUUCAAAGUCAUCGAGGUUCUGUCCGCCGUCAUCUGGGUGCAUGGUCGUUGUCCGUGGCCCCGUUAAAGCGCCAGAAUGUGCCAUUGCCGACGAUGAGGAGGACGAUGAUUAUGUGCACCGGCCGUCGGCAGAGCUUGACCCAUAUGAGUACGACUCGCACCAUGAGAGCGAGCCAGAGAACGACACCACGGAUGGGGAUGACGAUACCAGGUCAUGCUCAUCUGGGGCCUCGGAGACGUACCGAGCUUUUGUCCAAAGCUUGGCUUCCCCCGCGGCACAUCCCGAAGUCAUGAUUCCGGAGCACGACGCGCCAGAGGAUGAAGCGAUGACUUACGAGCACAUUGCCGGCGGACCUGCCUGCGAGUGGAAUAGGCAUAGCUAUGUCGAGGGCGCUUUCAACGGACAUGCGAUUUCCGUGGAGGAAAUGCGUGGGUGUACCACUCUUCAAUGCUUUGUUCCGAAAGAUGAUGACUGGGAAUCCGGAUCCGAUGAUCAGGAAUUCGAAACGUCCGGCAAAUUCUUCCUCAGCGGUCUAAGUGAUCACUCUCCGAGCCGUGAUAUGGCUUGGCCAUCAGUCUACCCUUCUCGGCAUGAUUGCGACCAGCCAUGUGCCGACAACAGUUUUUACGACACCAAGGCGGCAGAAGAACAUGCCAUGCCAUUUCAUCCGACAUGCCUCGAGGUGUUCAAACGCGCAUCCAUCCUGCGGUCCGGGGCAGUCGACUAUGAAGGGCUGAUUAACUGGUGGCUUAUCGAGACUGGCGACCAGUUCUAUAAGUUCCCGCGAGAUCCAGCGGUAAAUAAUGAGCAAUGGUUUCAGCAUGUCGCCGGCAACGAAUUCGUGGCUGCCAAUCCCUGCUUCGGGACAAAACUAGAAUCGAUUCUGGCUGCAUCGGACCGGACGGGCGACCCCGGCUUCGCAUAUGAUACACCCGUAUUUGGGGCGCUGCACAGCACUUCUGACGAUGUCUUUGCCCGGUUACCGCGAGAGCGAUGUCUCAUGAUAUUGGACCAUCUGGAAUCGCGAGACAUUGCAAAUCUCCGGCUCGCCUCUCGAUCCUUCUAUCACCUGCCGCAAUCACUAUUUCGCUCGUUGACUUUGCGAGAGAUGCCUUGGCUCUGGGAAGCAUGGUGCACUCUGGGUUACUCUAAAUGGGCGUACCACAUGGCCUCCGAACUGUGCCGCCGAACAGAGCAACACGAUGAGGUGAUAAAUAUCAUCCACCAAGCGGAGAACAUUCUCAGAGAAGAGGCGUACACUGUUCAGGAUGAGGGCUUGCAUCAGGCUGCGAUUCAUGCAUUGCAACAAGCCGCAGCCGACGAGGAAGACGAGCGAGAUUAUCCUUCUAGACCGGCGCCUUUGCAGGCCGCGAAGAAGACGGACUGGUAUCGUUUGCGAUGUGAGCUUGCACGGAACAGGACCCGCUUGCUUGGGCUGAGAAAUAGACGCCGGAUCUGGACGGACUGUGAGGAGAUCCUCGAUCGAAUUGCACGGUAUCGUGGCGAAGGAACCAUGACCUUAGGUCAGAUGGUAGACGCCCGAAGUGGCUGA